UGUGAGGGUGUAUAGGUCAAGUCUCAGCUUGAAAGCAAUACUUGGAACCACUCGGAAUGACGCCAGAUGACGCGCCUUUAAUUGAUAGAAAAAAAAACGUUGAAUGAAUUUUCAUUUUCAAACAAUAGCUCCUAUUUAUCAUCAUCGUUAUUAUCAUUGUUAUUUAAAAUGUGUAAUUGUUGAAUAUUGACAGAUCAAUUAUUUCCGAUGCUGUUAUUUUUUAUUUUAAAUGUUGAGGUUAAGAGUUUUUAGAUUAAAUAAUAUAUUUAAAUAAUUAUUUAUUUAAUAAAUAAUAUAAAUAUCAAUAUAUAUAUAUAUAUAUACAUAUUAUUUUAUUGAUAAGUUUAAUUCAAAAAUGACUGACGAAACUAACCCUGAUAAUUUGACAGCUGAUAAUCAAAACGGAAGUAGUGACAGUAAUAUGUGUUUGGAGUUGGCAUUAGAAGGCGAACGUUUGUGCAAAGCUGGAGACUGUAGAUCUGGAGUAGCAUUUUUUCAAGCCGCCAUCCAAGCCGGUACUGAUGACCUGCGAACACUCAGUGCGAUUUACAGCCAACUUGGCAAUGCGUAUUUUUAUCUUGGAGACUAUGUCAAAGCGAUGCAAUAUCACAAGCAUGAUUUGACACUCGCGAGAACAAUGAACGACAAACUGGGCGAGGCUAAGUCCAGCGGGAACUUGGGUAAUACUUUGAAAGUGAUGGGUAAGUUCGACGAGGCGAUGAUCUGCUGCAAGAGACACUUGGAGAUUUCGCGGGAGAUCGGGGACAAGCAGAGCGAAGGCCGCGCUCUGUAUAAUCUGGGCAACGUCUAUCAUGCGAAGGGAAAACAGGGCGGACGUGGACACCAUGAUCCGGGAGAAUUUUCUGAGGAUAUAAAGCAGUGUCUCCAGCAAGCUGUGGGAUAUUACGAAGAGAACUUGACGCUGAUGCGCGAGCUCGGAGACUCUGCUGCCCAGGGCCGCGCUUGUGGAAAUCUUGGCAACACUUUUUAUCUGCUAGGCGAGUUCCAGAAAGCCAUUCACUAUCACAAUGAAAGGCUGAAGAUUGCCCGCGAGUUUGGAGACAAAGCCGCGGAGAGACGGGCGAACAGCAACCUGGGAAACUCUCAUAUUUUUUUGGGAGAGUUUGAAAAAGCUGCACAACAUUACAAGCGGACGCUGGUCCUGGCUCAGGAGCUGGGGGAUCGCGCUGUUGAGGCACAGGCUUGUUACUCCCUUGGCAACACUUACACUCUGCUGCGCGACUACCCGACAGCUAUCGAAUAUCAUUUACGUCAUCUUGUUAUUGCUCAGCAGUUGAUGGACCGCGUGGGCGAGGGACGUGCCUGCUGGUCACUCGGCAACGCUUAUUCCGCGAUGUUCAAUCAUGAGAAGGCUCUGCACUUUGCCACUCUGCACUUGAAUAUCUCAAAGGAACUUGCGGACCCCAUGGGCCAGGCCACUGCCCAGAUGAAUGUCGCUGACUUGCAAAAGAUUCUCGGCAUGGAGAAUAAUGAGAAAGAAAAUGACAAAGGUAAUAAUAACCCGGUGGUUAAUAAUGUGCCAAUAAAUGCUGGAUCUUCGCCAGGGAGGUACCGGUUACGGAGACAGAGUAUGGAUAAUCUAGACUUGAUUAAGUUAACCCCCGAUGGGAAACAAAAAGAAUUACCACCAGCAAGGGCUGGUAUUGCGCCGCAACCGUCUCAAGAAGACGAAGAAGAAGAUUUCUUUGAAUUAUUGUCGCGGUUCCAGUCGGGGAGGAUGGACGACCAGCGCUGCGUACUUGACGUCAAUAAGAAGCCGAGGAUUAAACCACCGACUAUUGAAAAAGAAAAAGAGGGAGAUGAUUUGUUAGAAUUGAUAGCGGGUAUGCAGAGCAAAAGGAUGGACGAGCAGAGAGUCGUGUUGCCGAACCUGCCAGGACUGAACACGACUCCGAAAACCCAGGCGGUGAUGAAGACGCCGGUGAGGACACCGCAAGACGCGGAUGACUCUUUCAUAGACAUGCUGCUGCGCUGCCAGGGCUCGAGGCUGGAGGAUCAGAGGAGUCCGCUGCCUGCCUCAGCGGUCCAGGAUGCGGAGGAGCCCAUUAACCAAAGAGCCAACGGAAACGGCGCUCACGCGCCCUCGGGAACUACUGUGCCGGAGGAAGAUCUCUUUGCGUUGAUCCAGAGACUCCAGGCCGAGCGCAUGGAAGACCAGAGAGCUUCCGGUCCUAGCAAGAAUCAAUAAAUCGGCCUACUUUAUUUUAACUGCAAUAGUUAUUGAUUUAUUUUUUUUAAUUUUAAUUGACUUUAACUAGAGUAUUACAGUGCCAAUUAAUUAAUUAUUAGUUUUUUUUUUACGUUAUAAUUAAAUCUGUAUCUAUUCCAUUUUUUUUACCGCCAAGACUACAAAUGUAUCGAUAGUUUUAGUAUUUUAAAAUAGUACUUUUAUUAAUUUAAAUUGUAGUUAUUAUUAAUAAUUAAUUACAGUGCUCGUUAAAAAAAAAUUUCAAAAAUGUUCCGCGAAUUCAAAAUUCGAAUUUAAAAAUUUAAAAAAGUUAAACUACAAACCGUCGGUUUAAAAUUUUUCGUAAACUUUUUUUGAAUAUUUUUCAUUCGGGUAAAA